AUUUCAUGUGUGGAAAUGUUUAUUUCUGCUGUUACCAUGUCCGGUACGGGCGUUCCACGCGGCACGAACGACGUCACUGCUGCGUCAGAUCCGGUUCGCCCUUUCCCGUCCGAAUUCUCAACAUGGCGCCGAUCAAACAGAAGAGGCCGACUGUUUGCAAGAAGUCCAAAAAGGGAGCUGGAUGGAAGUUCACCUUGGACCUGACCCACCCUGUGGAGGAUGGGAUCCUGGACUCUGCAAACUUUGAAACCUUCCUCAAAGAGAGGAUAAAGGUCAACGGAAAGACGGGGAACCUGGGUAACAUCGUCCAGGUCGGCCGCAUGAAGAACAAGAUCAACGUCUCGUCUGAGAAGCAGUUCUCCAAAAGGUAUCUGAAGUACCUAACGAAGAAGUACCUGAAGAAGAACAACCUCCGUGAUUGGCUGAGAGUGGUGGCGUCUGACAAGGAGACGUACGAGCUGCGUUACUUCCAGAUCAGUCAGGACGACGACGACGAGUCGGAGGCAGACGAGUAAACGGCUGUCUGUGUGUCAGCAGCUGGAGCAGGACAGGAGAAUAAAUGUGGAAAAAUCA